AUGGACAGCAACGACUUUCUACCGUACGCUGCCCUUCAUUGGGCGCUGCACUAUCUUUUGCAGGACGCCAGCGCUGCUCGCCAGCUCCAGACCAACGCUCUUGUACUCUGCAAUGUGACUGACCCGCACACCAAAGCUUGGAUAGACCGUUACUUUGAUUAUGACUAUGAGAAUGCGGUUGAUUGGACUCCUUUGAUAUUGGCGACCUAUAUCGGUCUCCCAAUUGUGGUCCAGGCGCUUUUGGAUUCGGGCAGUGACGCCACCAUCCAAGACGACGAGGUUGGCGCAGCCCUGUGGUUGUCCAGAUACUUUUGGAUUGCUGCAGUGUCAGUGUCACCUCCUCAAAGCAAAGAGUACUCCAUAGCAUUGCGCUUCGCAACCAACGCGGGCCGAGACGAUAUCGUGGAGAUGUUGGAGGCUGUACAUGCCGACCCCAAGGCUUUACUAGAUUAUACUUUUAUAGGCUCAUCCAUUACAAGCCCAGCUAGUGUUCGGAUUAUCAACCAAUUGUUCCUGGUCCUCAUGCGCGACAGAGGGUGGAAAAACUCUCCGCGGCAAGCUCAGAAACAAAUACUUGCUUAA